GCUCAGUCGGAGAAGUGAACUUGUGUAAUUUAGACGCAGCAUUUGAUCAUCUUUGAUUUUAUUUUUGAUUAUUUAGCAUUUGAUUUGGUUUUGAAAAAUCUAAUUGACUGUGAAGAUUUAAUUGUCACUUGACAAAGUGCAAUAUUGCUUCAGUUAUUAAAAUUAGUUUGGACUCAAAGAAAAUAAAUGAGUGAAUAGAAAAAAUUAUAAAGUUAAAUGCCGGAAUUGCUUGACAUUUAAAUUUGAAAAUCGACCAAAAAAUUAGGAACAAAAAGAAUCUCAAAAGUGAUGUGAACAAUUUUUUAACCAAAUUUGUGAUAAGCACAAGAAUCAAAAUAUGUCGUCGACAAUUUUCUGCCUUAUUAUUGUUGCCAUUUCAUUGAUUCAGUCAGCUGUGAUUUUCGCACAGGACGAUGAGAAAAAUGUUUAUAGUAAACGAUACGAUAAUCUUGAUGUGGAAACAAUCUUUAGGUCCUCAAGAUUAUUAAAUAACUAUGUGGACUGUUUAUUAGAUAAAAAGCCAUGCCCACCAGAAGGAAAAGAGCUGAAGCGUAUUCUGCCGCAAGCAUUAAAAUCUAAAUGUUCUCGAUGUACAAAAAUUCAAAAGGCAAAAGCCCUCGAUGUGAUAUCAAGACUAUAUUACCAGCAUCCUUCAAUUUACCUUUCACUUGCCGAACGAUAUGAUCCGACCGGUGAAUACACUAGAAAUUUUGAAGAAUGGCAUGAGCAGUCGCACUUAGAUAAGCCAAGUUCUCAAUUUUCAACCAAUGAAGUGCCACAACAAUCAAGAAUUCCAUCAACUUGGAUUACAAAGACUACAAAACGUAUAACUUUACCACCACAAACAACAACCACACGCCAAACUCUUCGAACACUUCCGACGACAUCUAGAUUAAAAAUAUUAACAACAGAAAGGCCAAUUGUACUUCCUGUGAUUCCAACAACACAACGUUCGAUUUUACCGCCUCAAACAUUAUUCACAAAUGAACCAAGAACGACGACCGCAAGGUCAAUUGGCAGUUCAACACUCGGUGUGAUACCGAUUGAGAGGAAAGUAGAGCAGCUCCCAAUACCAAAUUUAAGUAAACAGCUACAACCGCCAGCUAUUCAACAAUUUGCACCACCAGUACAACGAUUUGGAACACCGGAUAAUCAGCAAUUUGCACCACAAAAUCAGCAGGUUCCUCAAUUUGUUAAUUUACCGCAGGCACAGCCAAUUCCUCAAUUCAUAAAUCAACAAGCACUUCCCCAACAACCAAUAAUCCAAACAAUUCCAAGUACUACAUCAACUGAUCUUCCGAGAGUAAUUAUAACUGAUCCAACGACUAGUUCCUUUCGUCCCAUCCAACAAUCAACAGGAAAUAAUGUACCAAGUUCAGGAAUCAAUGCUUUCACCUCAGUUUCAACCGAUGGAGCUUUUCAGACUUUCCCAACAGCUCAAAUCCCUCUGCAGAGCCCUCCUGCACCCUCUGUUCAAGUUCAAAUUACUUCUAUUUCAUCCAAUCCUGUACAGCAAGUGCCAACAUUUGCUAAUUUCCAACCAUCGUUUAUAGCACCAACAUUUGGAACGCCACAGGCACAGAAUAUAAACAAUAAUGUUCCUUCACAGCCAGUCUCACAAAUUGACCCAAAUUUUAUUGACAACUUCUUUGUGCCCCGCGGUGGAUUGAUUCGAAGGUCUGUUGAUCAGAUUCUAGACACAACACGAGGAUUUAUGAGAGCCAUUUUCCGUAUUUAUUAAACUUAUAAGGAGGAAGAAUAUAAUUGAACAAAUUUUAGGACAUUUCUAUACCAAGUACCUGCUAUGUUUGGUACAAUUAAGCCAUAUUUUGGAUACCACGAAAAUAUUGUAUUAAUUUAAAGCUUUUUAAUCACUUUUGAUAUUGAAAAUUGAUGAGAAUUUUGAGGGAUACAUGAUUGUUCGGUCUAGUUCUUUGUUGAGACUCCAACAACUAAUUUCAUAUUUUUCAAAGCUAAUCCCCUUAAAAGAUUUAAAAGAACUCAUCUUUAUGUGAAUAAUAUUCCUCAAAUGAAGACAAUGAGUUUUUUUU